AUAUAUAUAUUAUAAAUGGAAAUAGAGGCCGGCGCCGGAGGAGAUGUGGAAAACGGCGGUGGCGGUCAUAGUGGUGGUGGGGAAGAACACAAUGACGAUCAGGUGGCUGGAGGGGCAUAUUUGGUUUGGGAAGAUCUAACAGUUGUAUUGCCUAACUCCGGUAGUGGCCGCCGCCUUGUUUCUCCGAGGAGGCUUCUCCGGGGCAUCAACGGCUACGCCGAGCCUUGUCGCAUCAUGGCCAUUAUGGGCCCUUCCGGCUCCGGCAAGUCCACUCUUCUCGACUCUCUCGCAGGUAGAUCUUCAAUGAACACUGUGAUGACUGGCAAUAUUCUUCUCAAUGGGAAGAAGAGGAGACUUGAUUAUGGGGUUGUGGCUUAUGUAACACAAGAAGAUGUUUUAUUGGGAACACUCUCGGUAAGAGAAACAAUCACUUACUCGGCAAAUUUAAGGCUUCCAACAUCCCUUAAGAAGGAAGAGAUAAAUGAUAUCGUUGAAGGAACCAUAAUGGAAAUGGGGCUCGAAGAAUGUGCGGAUAGGAUGAUAGGAAAUUGGCACUUUAGGGGCAUUAGUGGUGGGGAGAAGAAGAGACUUAGCAUUGCCUUAGAGAUUCUUACCCGACCUCGUAUAUUGUUCCUCGACGAGCCAACAAGUGGCCUCGAUAGUGCCUCUGCGUUCUUUGUGAUUCAAUCCCUUAGAAAUGUUGCCCACGAUGGUCGCACCGUUAUUUCCUCCAUUCAUCAACCUAGCGGUGAAGUGUUUGCCCUUUUUGACGACUUAUGUCUCCUAUCCGGAGGUGAAACCGUGUACUUUGGAGAGGCCAAAAUGGCUAUUAAGUUCUUUGCAGAAUCGGGAUUUCCUUGCCCUAGUAGAAGGAAUCCUUCCGAUCACUUCUUACGUUGCAUUAAUUCGGAUUUCGACGUAGUAGCAGCCACACUGAAAGGAUCACAAAGACAUCGAGAAGUGUUGGAUCCUUUGAUGGAUAUAGCAACGACGGAGAUCAAAACAACCCUAAUUGACAAGUACAAGUGUUCGGAAUAUGCAUUCAAAGCUCGAGCAAAAAUCAAACAACUUUCUUCCAUUAGAGGAGUUGAAGUUGAGGUAAAACGUGGAAGCCAAGCGGGAUGGUUGAAGCAACUCUCGACGUUAACUAAGAGAUCUUCCAAAAACAUGUCGAGAGAUUUCGGGUACUAUUGGUUGCGUCUAGUUAUAUACAUAAUCGUGUCCGUUUGUGUUGGCACCAUCUAUUUUGACAUCGGCACUGGCUAUAACUCGAUCUUUGCUCGUGGAGCCUGUGGCGGCUUCAUAUCGGGUUUUAUGACUUUUAUGUCCAUUGGAGGCUUCCCAAAUUUCAUAGAAGAGAUGAAGGUGUUCUACAAAGAACGACGUAACGGAUAUUAUGGAGUCGCGGUUUUCAUUGUGUCAAACUUCAUAUCUUCCUUCCCAUUCUUAUUCAUGAUCGCGAUAUCAACUGGGACUAUAACCUAUAACUUGGUGAAAUUUCGGCCGGGAUUCUCUUAUUACUUGUUCUUUUGUCUCAAUCUUCUUUGCAACAUUUCGGCCAUUGAGAGCUGCAUGAUGGUGGUAGCUUCGUUAGUACCCAACUUCUUGAUGGGAAUCAUAACCGGAGCUGGACUAAUCGGAAUAAUGAUGAUGACAUCGGGGUUCUUCCGGUUGCUAGACGAUCUUCCAAAAGUGUUUUGGCGCUACCCAAUCUCCUACAUAAGUUUCCAAUCAUGGGCACUCCAAGGUGCAUACAAGAAUGAUUUACUCGGGCUAGAGUUCGAUAAUCUAUUUUCGGGAAUGCCAAAGCUAAAUGGUUCAUAUGUGAUAACAAAGAUGUACAAAAUCCCCAUAGAACAUUCGAAAUGGUGGGACUUGUUUGCGGUGUUGUUAAUCCUUAUAUCUUAUCGAAUCAUAUUCUUCUUGAUCCUCAAGCUCAAGGAACGCGCCUCGCCCUUCUUUCGAUCAUUGUACGCAAAGAGAGCAGUUCAUAUCCUCAACAAGAGGCCUUCCUUCAGGAAGAAUCCGAGUUUCGGAUCCAAUAGGUACAUUCCCCCACACUCAUUGUCCUCCCAAGAAGGGCUUAGUUCUCCUAUUCCAUAAAAAAAAGUUACUGCAAACACACACUAUGGUUUACCUUUGUUAUACAUAUAAAUGAUGUUUUUAUUGGAGAGACAGUUCCAAUAAAAAAAAUAAUAAGAAUCACUCAUAGAUAUUUUCCUUCUUUAGUUACUCGAAAUGAUGCUUUAUAUGUAACAUAUUGUAAAUUGCAAUAAAUGAAUGUCAAUCAAUAUCAUUAU